UCAAGUUUCCACGCGCCCGUCCUCGAGCGCUCUCGUCGACGUCAUUUCCGGGGCCGCUUUUUUUUCGCCCCUCCCCCGCCAUACGGGUGUUUUUAGGCCCCCUUCUCCACAGAAAGCCUCUGGAUUGGCCCGCCGCCUGGAGGGUCACGAGAGCGUGAGGACCCGCGAUGUCGCGUCAUCGAUUAGUUGGCGUGCCUGUGACGUCACGCAACGGCCUGGGACAGUCUGUGGCAGCGCUAUGGAUUACCUUUCUAAACCUGGUCUCUUCAGCCUGAUUGCCGGAGUCGCCUGUGGGGUAUGCCUGGGCUGGGGCCUUCGGGGACGCCUCUUCCGUGCACCCAAAGCCAGAAUGGGCAUGGUUGCCAACGAACUAGGCAACGAAGCCAGCAUCAUGGGCGAAGGUGGGGAAUUCAAGAUGGUGAUCGUGGUCCGUAACGACCUAAAGAUGGGCAAGGGCAAAGUGGCUGCCCAGUGUUCCCACGCUGCCAUUUCCUCCUACAAGCAAGUUCAGCGCCGGAACCCCGAACUCCUGAAGCAGUGGGAGUACUGCGGCCAGCCAAAGGUGGUCCUGAAGACUCCCGAUGAGGAAACUCUUCUGGAGCUCCUGACUGAAGCCAAAUUAUUGGGCCUGACGGUCAGCUUAAUCCAGGAUGCAGGACGCACUCAGAUCUCCCCAGGCUGCCGGACUGUCCUGGGCAUUGGGCCAGGACCAGCUGAGAUAGUAGAUAAAGUUUCUGGUCACUUAAAACUGUUUUAAAGGGAAAAGGAAACAAAUCCUGAAAUAGCAAUGAUAAGAGGGUGUAAUCCAGAUUCAUUUUCUGCUGCUCUCUUUUUUUAAAAAUAUGAUACAUAAAAGUAUGUGCAUCUACCUACA